UUCAAUACAGACGCCAAAGUUUGUGCUUCCUGAAUAACUCAGAGUGAUUAUAUAAUAAUCCAGAUAAGAAAAACCACUUUAAUCACUGAGCAGAAAGUGCGAACUGCGUUCUUGCCCGGAUUUAACCCAUUUUACACACCUUCUAUUCGUCUCCACAGAUUCGUCACCACUUCUCCUGGGGUAAACGUUACUGAAGAUUUUUUUUUACCCACCACAAUGAUCCACCCGUAUUCCUUGUCCGGUGUGAUUUUUUUUUUUGAAUGAUAUCGGAUGACCUGUGUAAGGGGCGGAAAGGAAAGUGCGGCCCGGAAUAGCAGGCUGCUGCGGAAUGGGCGCGCAGGAUGAGCUCUGAUAGGUGACAGCCAGGAGGAAGUUUAAGAAAAAUGUCCCAGAGUGAAGAGGAUAUUUGGGGAUACAAAUCCAUCAGGAAGAAAAGAACAGCAAACCGGAAUGUUGAGAAAACCGGAUCCCAUGAUAAAACACAAAAGGUAAAAGUGAAGAGAAAUGCUGCUAAGAAAACCGGGGCUACAAGGAGCACUACAAAUGCCAAGAACAAUACAUCACCCAGCAAGAAUGGCAUCAUUACCAGCCCAGCCAAGCAACAGAAUCCUUCAACAUCGGGUACUGGCGGUGAGGACUUGUCUACACCAAAAAGGACUUUAAAGAAAGACGGCAAGAAAGUGAGUCCCACAACUCCGAAAGAAAAGCAGAGCGGACAUUGUCCCAGCUGUCAGAUGCCGUUCUCCAUUUUGCUGGUGCAAACACCUCGGUGGCACGUAAGCGAAUGCUUGGAUACCCCAUCGUCCACACAGACAGAAUGCCCUGAUGGCCUUACCUGCUCAUCCACCAUUGCCUCUCACUACAAACGAUUCUCUCAUUUCCUGCUGGCCCAGAGCAGGGCUGCUGAGCUCUCCCCUUACCCUCCAAUCCGCACCCCUGAGAUGCCUUCCUCUGACGCUGCCAAAUCAUGUACCCCUAAUGGAAGGAAUGAUGGAAAACGCUCACACUCCCAAGGUGCAGGUAGUUCCCCCGCUUUCACUAAGACGCCUACGAACUUUAAGUCAUCGCGGUCGCAGUCUCCUGCCAGCUCUCAGGGGUCAGUAAAGCAAACCUCGCUCGUUGCCUGGCUCUCCUCACCAUCCAAAUUGUCUCAGAACUUUCUGGACUUAUCCCAGGAAAACCUCAGCCAGAAAUGUACAAGUUUUGUCAAUGCUGCUACUUCUCUGGGAUUGUCACAGAACAAUGAGGAUAUAAAGGACUGUACCAUCUCCUUCUCCCCGCUGGUCAGUGAUCAGGAGCUGUUUAGUGAUGACGAAGACCUUCCCGCAGGCCCAGUUAAGAGACUCUUUUCUAGCAAAUUGCCUACAGACCCUUUAGAGAAUCUAGAAGAACCGUUUGUUGCUAAGAACAUUAUAACUAAAAGCAGAAUAAAAUCUCCCACUAUGUGCAAUGGAAAUAAUGAUACAAGCGCAAUAAACAGCGAAUUUGUACAGAGGAAUGGAGUCACAUCUGUCGCUGAUCGCAGCAUUGACUGUGAUUGGUCUGAAUGCAGCACACCUGUCUCAGAGAUAAGUGGAUGGGCCACAGCCCAGCAAGAAGCUAAAUGUUGGAUUCAGAAAGAGGCUGAUGAGUUACUUGUUAGUUCUGCUGAUGGUAACAGAGAAGAAGCUCCUCUGACGGACUCUGUAGCUGCGGUGAAUGUAGAGAAGGAGUUUUGUAUUCAGAGUUCUCAGAGAUUUACACAACAGUUUACCAACAACAGGACACACACAAAGGAAAGCUUUACCCAACCUUCUUCACUUAUGUCCCCGAGCCAGGCUAUGUCGUCCAAGGGGAUGAAACAAAUGGAUAUCGGAGUCUUCUUUGGCCUGAAACCAAAGGCAGAAAAAGUGAAAGUGCCUUUAAAAACCCAGAGCCAGAACGCUGGCGCUUCCCAGCUUGAGGAGAAAUGGCCGAGGAAAACAAAGAAUGUCGCCUCGUUUGGGAAUGUCCAUUUUCUAACCGAUAACACUGGUGGGAUCCCAGCAACAGCACCAUCAGGGACCCAGAGGAGGAAGAGGAAGGCUGUCGGCUCGCUCAGUGAUGCAGAUUCUCUGACUAAUAACAUGAGUGGGGUGACCGCAACAGCGCCAUCAGGGACCCAGAAAAGAGGAUGGAAGAAAUUCAGACAGAACUCUACAGCCGAGGAGAAUAAAGGGAGGAAACAAUGUCCUUUCUACAAGAAAAUCCCAGGUACGGGUUUUACGGUUGAUGCGUUCCAGUAUGGAGCAAUAGAAGGAUGCUCGGCGUACUUCCUCACCCACUUUCACUCUGAUCACUACGGGGGUCUCACUAAGAAAUUCCGUUAUCCAAUCUAUUGCAGCAAGAUCACAGGGAAUCUGGUGGCGAGUAAGCUUCGGGUGGAGAAGGAGUUUAUAAACACUUUACCCAUGGACACUGAGUGCAUCGUGGACAAUGUCAAAGUUAUCCUGCUAGAUGCCAACCAUUGCCCAGGGGCUGUCCUGCUGCUGUUCAUUCUCCCAAAUGGGACCACAAUAUUGCACACCGGAGACUUCCGUGCGGACACUUCCAUGGAACGUUAUCCAGCUCUGAUUGGACAGAAGAUCCACACCCUUUAUCUGGAUACCACAUACUGCAGUCCUGAGUACACCUUCCCCCCGCAGCAGGAGGCAAUACAGUUUGCUGUAAAUACUGCUUUUGAGAUGAUGACGCUGCAUCCACGCACGCUGGUGGUUUGUGGGACUUAUUCUGUUGGGAAGGAGAAAGUCUUUCUGGCUAUUGCUGAUGUUCUAGGCUGUAAGGUGUGCAUGUCUCCGGACAAAUGCAAGACCAUGCAAUGUCUGGAGUCUGAUGAGAUCCAGUCCCUCAUCACCACUGACUGGCAGAGCACUGCACUACAUGUACUUCCCAUGAUGCAGGUUAGCUUUAAGGGACUUGGCGCCCACCUCAAUAAAUUUCCAGGAAAGUACGAUCGUGUCCUGGCCUUCAAACCUACAGGGUGGACGUAUUCUGAGGGUUACAGCUCGGUGGCUGAUAUCAGGCCUAACGUUCGGGGCAAAAUCACAAUUUAUGGGAUCCCAUACAGCGAGCACAGCAGUUACCUGGAGAUGAAGCGGUUUGUACAGUUCACCAGACCUCAGAAGAUUAUCCCAACUGUUAAUGUUGGCGACUGGAAAGCUCGCUCCGCCAUGGAAAAAUUCUUUGCCGAAUGGCUUUCCGAAGCCAGGCGCAAAUGAAGGACUCGGCUGCACUUGUGUAUUAAAUCCAGUAAUGCAGAGGGUAACAACAUGCUCUUUUGGAGCUGACAACAGUCCUCUUGUGUGUUGCUAUGGGUUAGGCACUUUACAUAUUGUACUUCUGUGGGGGUUUUUUUCCUUGGGUUAGGAUCUCUGUCAGCUUUAUUACUGUUUGGUUCCCUAUUGGUGCAAAGUUUACUUCCUGAUCUCUGACUGACAGCCAUUAAAGAGGAAGUAAACCCUCCGAUC